AUGCAUCUGUUGAUUUUGCUCCUGCUUUUCCUUCGCGGUAUCGACACCUCGUCGGAGGAUUACUGCGGCUCUUAUCACGGAAACAUUUGCAAGAACUACAUAUUGAGCAACAAGCAAGUGUGGUACAACAACAGCGGCGGUUACGAAAACGAGAAAAUCACCACGGCCCUGUGGGACGAAUUGAUCAGCACGUUGGAGGAACCCUGCAGAUCGGCCGCUGAGAAAUUGCUCUGUUUCUACGCCUUUCCCGACUGCAAUGUGUCCAAGCCGCUGCCCCUCUGUUACCAAGACUGCGUGGCCGUUAAGGAACUGUUCUGCUACAAAGAUUGGGCUUUAAUCGAAGACCGUAAGGAACAAGGAACUUUCAUCCAAACCAGAGGUCACUUUCGGUUACCGGACUGUUCGGUUUUGCCUAAAUACAAUAAGAACUCGCCGGAGUGUUCGUACGCCGGUUUGACUGAAAUGAAGCUAGAUGAAGUCACUUACGAUUGCGUGAAAGGCAGAGGAAGAUUCUACCAAGGUAAAGUAAACGUUACAAAGUCCGGUAUACCGUGUCAACGUUGGGAUUCCCAAAGCCCGCACGAGCACGAUUCACCUCCCGGAGUCUUCCCGGAGCUAGACAAUGCGGAGAAUUACUGCAGGAACGCAGGCGGCGAGGAAAAGAAACCUUGGUGUUUCAGCACAGAUCCCGAAGUAAGAUGGCAACAUUGCGAUAUACCCCGUUGCCCGAAUUCCACCUUAGAAGACACCACCGAAACCAAAAGCAUAGCGAUGGAUAAAUUCCUCUCGCCUACAUUUCUAAUAAUCUGCUCCACCGUAGGUUUGCUAGUUUUACUAACGCUUCUAUUGAUGAUAUUGCUCUGUUACCGCGUGUACAAGCGCCGCAUGCUGGGCUACAACGCCCCGAACCCAGCAGAGGUCAACAUCGAUCUGGACAAACUACCCAGCAACAUGGCGUACCACAGUCACGGGGCCACGUUGAAUCCGAAACUGGAGAAAUUGGAGUACCCCCGCAACGACAUCAUCUACAUCAGGGACUUGGGACAAGGGGCGUUCGGCAGCGUCUUCCAGGCUCGAGCGCCGGGCCUCAUCAAAGGCGAGGAAUUCACCGUGGUGGCCGUGAAAAUGCUGAAAGAGGACGCCACCGACGACAUGCAGGACGAUUUCGAGAAGGAGGCUUGUCUGUUGGCCGAAUUCGAUCAUCCCAACAUCGUCAAGUUGCUGGGAGUGUGCGCGAUGGGUCGACCGAUGUGCUUGCUGUUCGAAUACAUGGGUAAAGGCGAUUUGAACGAGUUCUUGAGGAAAUGCUCGCCUAGUAACUACGUGGUUAGGAGCGUAUUGGACGGGAGUUCGCCCAAUAGGGACGUUUACAAAGACAACCAGUUGAGCAAUCUCGAGAAAGUCGAGAUUGCAUUGCAAAUCGCUUCGGGUAUGGUUUACUUGUCACAAAGGAAGUUUGUACAUAGGGACUUGGCGACGAGGAAUUGCCUGAUCAGCGAGGAUAUGGUGGUGAAGAUAGCCGAUUUCGGUCUAUCGCAGAAGAUCUACCUGCAAGAUUACUACAAGGGCAGCGACAGGGACGCCAUACCGGUGCGAUGGAUGCCUUUGGAGAGCAUUCUGUACAACAAAUACACGCCCGAAUCGGACGUGUGGGCCUUCGGCGUGUGCCUGUGGGAGAUUUUCUCCUACGCCUUGCAGCCUUACUACGGCAUGACGCACGAGGAGGUGAUUAAGUUCCUCAAAGAGGGUAACGUACUGUGCAGUCCCGACGGUUGUCCUGCGAGCGUUUACGAAACGAUGAAACACUGUUGGGGACAGAAACCCGUCGAUCGGCCCAGUUUUCAGACUGUUUACCAAAAUCUAAUUGACAUACGGGUGAAUAUGCUAUCGGCUUGUCCUUCGUAA